CAUUUUUCCAGCUAUUUGUAAACAUUACCCUAAACAUUUUUAGGAGACCAAUUUGUGCCAAUUUCAUUAUGGUGUGAUGUUCUGAUAAUGGGCAGUGGCAGUUCAUUUGAAUACAUAUGUGAAGUACUUUGCUAGGAUUUAUUAUAUUGAGAUGCUAACUUUAUACUACCUCCGUUCCAGUGUAUUUGUCCAGUUUGACUUUUUCGAGUCAAAAUGGACAAAUUUUGAACUCCAAUUACUCUUAAUUUAUAUUGCAUAUUAGAAUAAUGAAAUACAAUUUUGAAAGUUCUCAACACGAUAAAUCCAAUAAAGUUAUCUUUAUGUUAAAAUACAUUACGUUUUUUAUUUAAUUGAAGCUCAAAGUUUGUCCAAUUUGACUCAGACUACACUGGGACAUAGGGAGCAUUAUAAAGUUAUGGCUGCAAUCAACUUUAUUUGAUUAAACGAUUCGUAUCUUGGCGAGGCAAGCCGUAAAUUUGUCACCACGGUUGCAGCCAUGGCGAUCUUAUCGUUUUCUGUAGCAAUGGGAAACUAUUCCGAGCUUCAAAAUAAACAAUUUUACAAUUUAUAGUUUUUGACUUUUUGUAUAAAUUGUAUUUCAAUGUGGUUUUUUUGGUGUCCAAAUCUGGGCCAUUUUAUGGGGAUGGCGUGGAAGAUUCAAGGAAGAUUUAAAAAAUAAUACUGAAAUGUUAUUCUGUGGAGGAGGCUUUGUGUGGAAGAGGGCAUUAUCUCCCAGUUUCAAUCUGGCCGGACGUCCAUUGCACUGUAUGUUCAUUUGUCAUUACAUUAGUGAACUAAUUGGCUUGGACUGACUCUUUGGAGAUACCAUGUACUGAAAUUCUUGAUGUGGGAAUACUUUUCUUUUGUCCAGAACUGAUUGUAUAUGUUUAUAAAUAGAGAUUUCAUGAGCUGCUGCCAUGUGUAACAAACUAUUUUCAGCCAUUGGAUGAGCAAAAAUGGCGGGAAAAUUCAGGACUGAAAUUGGAAGGGAUUUCUCCAUUAGCUUUUAUAUAUAUAGUAGAUUCGUUUUUCUCAGUCCAGCCUCCACCUCCGUACGUGCACUCCGUUCUCUCCCGUCUCUGCCUCGGCGUCGUCACCUGAGAAUCAGUUGCGGUUGGCUAAGGGUCAUCUCUCAGUGGCAGUAUGGGUUUCUAUGGCUCAUGGAAAUGGCUAUGGAUGAGAAGGGUUGUGGCCAGUGUGGGUUUACCUCUCCUUCACCCACCAUGGAUGAUGGAGAACCCCAAGUGAAGAAGAAGCAGGCCCUCAGUGGUGUGACAGCGACGUCUUAUUCAUUGGAAAUGAUCAGGACGAUGAGUACUUUGAGGAGUACAUAUAUAAUGCCUAUGUAUUUAACGAAUUUCCUUAUUUUCAGAGUACAUCGAUUAGGCGUCAAUGGUGGAUUUGGGUGAGAUAUCUUGGCAUUUUGGGUUUCUUUGGACUCGUGGGUUUGUUCAUCAGCACAUCCUCAUUGCACCAUUUUCUAACAAUUUUCCUGAAAUAUUAUGUGAACUCUUCUACUAGGAUGUACGUAGUGUCAAGCUAUUUCGUUACGAUCAGCUAUUGUCACUGUUUGUGUAGGAACCUGCUGAGUUUUACAUCCCAAGCUCCUAGCAAUGUCUAGGCUCAAGAAAUUGUAUCUGAACAGUUAACAAUUGUUGUUCCCUGAAACUACAUUUGUGGCCUCUCUCAAAGGGUUUAUCACUGUAGUAGCACAACCCCUUGGCUAUCUUUUCUGCCCUCACAUCUGCAGGUAUGUAUUUGUACCCUCUAUUAGAUUUAGUUUGACUUGAAAAAUUGAAUAGUUGGAAGUUGGCAGGCUUGGUUUUGAUGAGUUGCUGACUAGUGUAUAUUUGCUGGAUUAGGAAUAUUCCACUUCUAUUGAUUCUUCUUUAAGCCUUGCGUACUCAAUAGCCUGAGCUAUGCAACUAGGUUUGGAAGCUUUAACACACAACUUAAUUCUUGGUUUCAACCCUCCAAUAAAGCAAUCCAGAAAAUAUAAGAAUCAGGUAGAUAACUUGUAAGUUGUAACCCAAUUUUUUGCCCUUUCAACCUUGCAAUAUCUACCCAUUGUUCUUCUGGAAUUUUACCAAGGCUCCGUUUGGUACGCAUAAUUCAAGCAAUAGAAUUGGAAUUGGAGACGUCAUUUCGAAUUAUGCUGUUUGGUAGCACAAAAAUGUGUGAAUUUGGAAUUGAUUGUGCAAAAAAUGAUUUGGAAUUGG